AUAAUAUUCGCCACUGCAACCAAUUUGCAUUCCACACCAUCCAUCCAUUCCUCAGAAAGAAAGAAAGAAAGAAACAGAGAGAGAGAGAAGAUGAUGACCACAAAACCAUUGAACAAGCCUGCAACAUUUGUCCUCUCAAAAUCUCCUUCUUCAAUGCAACAAUUCCAGCGUUCUGAAAGUACUACAAAGCCGCCCCCGCAGCCUCCCAAGAAGUCCUACACCUUCCAGUUCCCCACCUCCCCUCAGCCGCCGUCCGGCGCCGCCUCGGAAGAGAUCUUUCAUUCCAGUCACCCACAACAUUCCCUAACCCGCGUCACCUCACCGGACCUCUUCACCUGCUCCGGCUGCAAGGAGUACGGGGCCGACAAGCACUUCGCCUGCCGCCAAUGUGAUUUCCAGCUCCAUGAAUUCUGCGCUAAAUCUCCUCAAUUUCUCAAGUCUCAUCCCCUCCAUCCUCACCACAAGCUACUCUUCCAUCCCAGACCCAAACAAGGUGGAAUUUGGGGGCCGAAGUGUGAUAUUUGUGGCAAGCCGAUGAAGGGCUUCACAUUCCGGUGCAGCGCUUGUAGUUUCCAGAUGCAUCCAUGCUGCGCCAUGCUCUCUGUGGAAGUGAACUUCUCGGUGCAUCCACAUCCCUUGAAGCUCUUGCCGGCGACGACAUUGUCGAGCGGCGGUGCCGACUCUACCUUCAUCUGCGGUGAGUGCAAGAAGAAGAGAUCGGGAAGAGUGUACCAUUGCGCGGCUUGCAAUUACCAUCUCCACGCAGUUUGCGCCAAGAACAUGAUCAAUGGGCUUCACGCGACCGGGAUCAAGGUUGAGGAGAAGCCCAACAGGCUGGGGGUGGCGGCGCGCAUGGCGUCCAUAGUGUUCGUGGAGUUCAUUGGCGGGCUUAUAGAGGGAUUCGGGGAAGGAGUUGGAGACGCUCUGGUUCAGAACAUUGCGGGAGGAGGAAGGUGCGUUGGUAGAGCAGGAAGAAGAUCACAAUCGUAGAAUGAAUGAAUGGUCAAUAAGUAGUACUGCAAAAAGCUAGUAAUCAACAAAAUGGUUUUAUGUGAUGUUACAGUGUUGGAGUGUUUUGAAUGAUCAGAACAGAAGAAUUCAAUUCGUUCUGAUUCUUCUCUAUCAUCAGUUUGUGUACGUACGUACCUGAAGAUGUGUUUCUUGGCUGCUCCGCUUGAAGCAGAUGCAUAGCUCUGGAUAUAUACUGAUCAGAAAGCCACAACCAGCAGAUUAUUAAUUAAUUGUAUCCUCAACUCUCUCUCUCUCUCUCUCUCUCUAUAUAUAUAUAUAUAUAUUAUAUCUGUAUUCUUGUGUGUCUGUUGAUGUGUAUAUAUGAUGAUGAAUAUAAUUGGAAGGAAGCAGCAGCAGCUUGCUUAGUUAAAAUGUGAGCUGGGUUUGAGCAGUUUGCAGAUUCUUUAAAAGAUAUAUAAAAGCUGCAGCAAUUCCCCUUCGUAAUGGUUGAAAGACGUCGACUGGUUGUAUUCCCUCUCUCUCCUUCCAGUAAGAAGCUACUAUAUAUAUAUAUAUAUGUCGUUUAGAGUGACAUAUUUAUAUAUAUAUAUAUGUAAUAUCUUUUCGUUAAGGGGCUAGCUGUUGUGAUUCUGAAGAUUGCAGAAGUGUUUCUAAUAGUAGAAGGUGUAUUCUCUCCUCUUAUUAUCAUAUUCAAAUCAUAGAUCAGAUCAUAUUAAAGAGAUUUUACAGCGGAUAAUGAG